AUGUUACCACUGGUUACCACGUGACUCUUUGACACAUGUGUGUGCUCCGAAAAUAAAAAAAUAAAUUAUAAUUUUUAGUAAAACAAAAAAAAAAUGAAUAAUACUAUUGACAAAAGUGAAAAUUUGUCAUCAGUCGUUAAUGAAGAUAAACGCACUGGUAAAUGUGCGAUUAAACUAGAAUUCAUUGUUGAAGAUCACGUGAGACAAUUAAGUAAAGAAUGUUUAACAAUAAAUGAUAAAGAAAAAAUUGAAAAAAUUAAUAAUGAAGAUGAACCACCAAAAAAGAAAAUGCGCGAAGACGAUAGAAGGGAUAAAUUAAAAGGACAAAAUAAAGCACGACCACCACCAUUUAAAGCGGCAAAGGAAAAUAAUUUAUGUCCCUAUAUUUGUGAUCAAGGUAUUGAUGAAAUUGAAAAAAAAUGUACAAAUCAAAAAUGUACAUUUAUGCAUUCACGCAUUGAUUAUAUGAAAAUAAAACCAAAUGAUAUUAGUGAAGAAUGUUAUAUUUUUAAUUUAAUUGGAAAAUGUCAACGUGGUGCAUCAUGUCGUAUGGGUUCACAACAUUUAACAAAUGAUGGUUUUAAUAUAAUAGACAAAGAGAAAUAUGAAAAAUAUCAACAAAAAUCACCAACAGUUAGAAAUCAAAUAAAAAAAGAUUUACAAGAAAAAUUACGUAAAUAUAAAUAUAAUUUUUCGAAAGCUGAAAAAAUUGUUAAAUUAAAUAAUCCAACGAAAAAUAAUGAUAAUAAAAAACAAUCAUUAGAAAAUGAACCCAUAAUUAAAAAUACUGCACUUAAUUCUCAACUAGUUGAUAGUAAAAAAGAAAAAGCAAUUGGCGCAAUUUUAGAUACGGAUAUUAUUAAAUUAUUACCAAGUGAAAAAAAGAAAAUUGAAUGGAAAAAUAAAAUUCUACUCAGUCCAUUAACAACAGUGGGUAAUUUACCAUUUCGAAGAAUAUGUAAAGAAUAUGGUGCCGAUAUAACAUGUGGUGAAAUGUCAUUAGCACCGAGAAUAUUAAAAGGUGCACAAGAAGAAUGGGCAUUAAUAAAACGUCAUGAGACAGAAGAUAUUUUUGGUGUACAAAUAUGUGGUAAUAAUCCCGGUGUAUUAACACGAUGCGCACAAUUAUUAAAUCAAGAAUCGGAUAUUGAUUUUAUUGAUUUAAAUCUUGGUUGUCCAAUUGAUUUAAUUUAUAAACAAGGCUCAGGUUGUGGUAUGCUCAAUAGAACAAAUAUUUUGGAAACUGUUGUUAAAUCAGCAUCACAAAUAUUAACUAUUCCAUUUACAAUUAAAACAAGAACCGGCAUCUAUAUGGAUAAACCAAUUGCACAUAAUUUAAUGCCUAAAUUUCGAGAUUGGGGUGCUGCAAUGAUAAAUAUUCAUGGAAGAUCAAGAGAACAGAGAUACACAAAACUCGCCGAUUGGGGAUAUAUUGAAAAAUGUGCACAAGCUGCAAAUCCAAUUCCAAUUUAUGGCGCAGGAGAUAUUCUAUCGUUUGACGAUAUAAUGAAAAUAAAAAUAAAUUAUCCAAAUAUAUCAGGUGUUAGUAUUGGUCGUGGUGCUUUAAUAAAACCAUGGAUAUUUCAAGAGAUAAAGGAGAAAAAAUUAAUUGACAUCACAAGUGGUGAGAGAUUUGAUAUUUUGAAAAAAUAUACCAAAUAUGGCCUUGAACAUUGGGGUUCAGAUACACGUGGUGUUGAAACAACGAGAAGAUUUAUGCUCGAAUGGAUUUCGUUUUUACAUCGGUAUAUUCCAGUUGGAAUUUUGGAGCAUCCACCACAAAGAAUGAAUGAACGACCACCAUUUUAUCGAGGUAGAGACGAAUUAGAAACUCUAAUGGCAAGUUCAAAUUGUGCCGAUUGGAUUAAAAUAUCUGAAAUGCUACUUGGAAAAGUUCCUGAUGGUUUUCACUUUCUACCAAAGCAUAAAGCAAAUUCGUGGAAGUAAAAAUUUUAUUUUCAUUUUACCUUCUAUUUUCUAAAUUACAAUUUUUUUUAAAUAAAUUGGAUUUUUCCUUUUUUUUUGUUAAUAAUGAAUUGAUAUGUCGCCUAAUGUUAAAACAGGCCACAUACAAUCACAACCACUUGCAAUUUCUUUUGUAAAUGGUUCCCAACAAUCGUUUUCCCAUUUUCUUCUAACCAUAAAUAUAGUUCUACUUCUUUGUACACAAUCAAAUCCAGGAUGUGCACAUUUCUGGAAAAAAAAAGUGUUAUAAAAUUAAAAAUUUGUUUUGUUUUUUUUUUUUUGCUAAUAAAAAUAAAAAAAAUUCUCUCCUA